GCCACACACUUCCGCUUCCGCCUCUUUUGCCGGAAGUUGCUCUCAGAGCUAGCGUGCGGUCUUUGUCAGCUUCCACCAUGGCGUACCGCGGCCAGGGCCAAAAAGUGCAGAAGGUGAUGGUGCAGCCCAUCAACCUCAUCUUCAGAUACUUGCAAAAUAGAUCUCGGAUUCAGGUGUGGCUUUAUGAGCAAGUGAACAUGCGGAUAGAGGGCUGUAUCAUUGGUUUUGAUGAGUACAUGAACCUCGUGUUAGAUGAUGCAGAAGAGAUUCAUUCUAAAACAAAGUCAAGAAAACAACUGGAAAUUUGGAGAGCAGGGAAAGCUUGGAGUCUGGGGCACAGUUACUCUUUGCCAUCUUUCAGGAAGUCCUGAGAGAAGGAGGAGGCUUCAGCGUCUGCUCCACCUGCUGUCUUGACCCAGAAAUUGGCCCCUGCAUUACUAAACGGAGAGGACUUGCUUUGACGAGAUGUACUUGUCACUUUGAGUUGUCCAUUUUUGUAUAAUGCUGCAAAAGCCUGGUGCCCCUCAGGCAUCUGAUGCAGCUUACAGAACUAUUUGGAUUUACCCUAGGAAUCAUUAAUAAACUUCUGUGUUUUUUUU